GAUAUUUCAUUCAGUGAUAAAAUAGACAUAAAAAGAAUAGUUAUUGAAGAAUCGAUAAUAAAAUGAAAUUUUCAAGUACCACACCUAAUGAUAAAACUGAACAGGGUCUAAAGCUCUUUUAAUCACUGUCAAAUGAGUGUUGUUUCAUGAUAGCCAGAAUGUAAGGAUCCAUGUCGCGUAAUUGCUUGGCAAUUUCGCACGGCUUUAGGUGGAGAAAUCUGAAAUUGUUGGAGUUACUGAAAAGUGAUAUCUCAGGAACAUGAUUAAAAUACAAACAGUUUUCUAUCGUCUCAAAAGUUAAAACAUCAAUAAACAUCGUAGUAAUUUAAUAACGGGACGAUUUUAAUGAAUAUUUAGUAUAAAAUGGAGUGUAACAUCGACGAUUUACCGGACGUUUUAUUAGAAUAUAUUUUAAGUCUGAUUCCACCGUACAAAGAUCUUCAGGAAUGUAAGCUUGUAUCCAAAAGAUGGUUCCGUGCCACUAAAAAUGUGAUACAGCACAAUAAAGCACAUUUUCAUAAGUCCGUGGCUUACGGUUCGUUACUUUGGAGUCCAUGGCCAUCUACGCACUGGAUGCCUACUAUUGCCAAGAGACAUUCUCAUUCUGCUUGUACAUAUGAAAACUCUAUGUAUGUUUUUGGCGGAUGUACAGCUACUAGUACAACGUUUAAUGAUUUGUGGAGAUUAGACUUGGACACAAGAACAUGGGUUAGAUUAAUCACUAUGGGGAAUUACCCAUCUCCUAAAGCUUGCGCUACUAUGUUGUAUUAUAAAAAAAGCUUCAUUUUGUUUGGCGGAUGGUCCCAUCCAUCGCCGUAUCCUUUACAUCAGCAAUGGAAAUUAUUCAAUGAAUUGCAUGUGUAUUCUAUAGAAUCAAAUAAAUGGAAUGCUAUAAAUACAUUGGAAACACCUCCACCCACUUCAGCCCACUCAGCAUCCAUCCAUAAAAAUCACAUGAUUAUUUUUGGUGGUAUCUGCAAUGGAGAUAGAUCCAAUGACGUAUGGUGUUUGAAUCUGGAUUCGUACAGUUGGCAUAAACAAGCCACAUCAAACUUGAAACCACAACCGCGCUAUGGUCAAUCACAAAUUGAGCUUGGAGAUAAACAUCUUCUCGUUUUAGGAGGCUGUACUGGUCCAAAUGUUGCCAUGAACGAUGCUUGGUUGCUGAAAAUGGAAGGUGAAACUUGGACAUGGAGAAAAGUAAAUAUGCAUAAUACAGAAUGGGCACCGACGCGUAUUUGGUGUCAUCAAGCUUGCAAAGUGGGAAACUAUGUUAUUGUUCUCAGUAUAAAUAAGUGUCAGAACAAACCAAAUGAUAUGAGUAUAUCACUGAAAAAAGUUACUUGUCAGAAAACAGUCUCACCGCAAACAAACGAUUCUUCUGUACAUGGAAGGCAAGGAAAUGGACCUCAAAUUGAUAGAGAUGUAAAUGUUAAUGGUCGACAUGGAUCUUUUGCAAGGGUGCCUGUGAAAAAUCCACGUCCUUCCUCUCAUCCUUCUAACUUUACAAAGAGUUUAACAUUAUGCAAUGAUAAUGUUUUAAGUAUGGCUGCUUUUCGUGAUGAACCAGUGCGUAAUGGCACCAAUAGUAAUAGACAAAGGCAAUUAGAAUCUCUUCGUAGAAUGGAAGAAAGUAUUAGAAAUCGAAGAACGCAAUCAAAACCUGCGAAAAAAACAGGAAAUACAUUAUCUAUAUUCGUGUUGGAUAUUACGAAUGUCUUGUGUGAUGAAUGUACAGCUUCAUGGAUUCCUUUGAAGUAUAACAAUCAAUCAGGUCCUGAUGAAAGAAUACUUUAUUCGCUUGUGGCGGGUCGAGGUGAAUUGAUAGUAUUUGGCGGCAUCCGUAAAGAGCAAACAUCUAUACAAAAUCAUUCUGAUAUGGAUGAAUCUGAAGUUUAUAAUGAUCUCCAUUUUAUAAAUCCGCCAAGAUAUGUAAUUUAAUAUCUUGUAACAAUAAAUAAUAUAAUUCAAUGUUUAA